AUGAACGCAAGGGGCUCUUCUGGCUUCAACAGCUAUGAAACCCAGCUGGUGGGCUGGCCCGCGGCGGCCAAAAAAAUGCCCAAAGCACCCUCUGACCUGUCAGAUCCCAUACCCAGCCCCACAAAGUGGUUGUGUGAGGCCAACGCUGUACCUACUCGGGCAUCCCCGUGGGAGGCGAACCCGCGGAGGUACAAGACUCUAGGUCACUUGGAGAAGGCCGUGGUUCUCGAGCUCACCUUGAAGCAUGUGAAAGCACUAACCAAUCUCAUUGAGCAGCAGCAGCAGAAAAUAAUUGCUUUGCAGAAUGGUUUACAAGCGGGUGACCUGUCAUCAAGAAACCUUGAUUCCAGCCAGGAAAUGUUUCGAUCCGGUUUCCAGAUGUGUGCCAAGGAAAUGCUGCAAUACCUGGCAAAGCACGAGAACGGCAAGGACCUGAAGUCGUCCCAGCUGGUCAGCCAUCUGCACCGAAUGGCCUCAGAGGUGCUCCAGGGCGGAGCCGACCGCAAGUCUGGAGACAUCCCUCCUAAAAUGGUGGACUUGAAAGAGAAACCCGUCUCCUUGACCAAAGCGGCGGAGGGACACGGGAAAAACUGCGUGCCUGUGAUCCAGAGGACAUUUGCUCACUCUAGUGGGGAGCAGAGCGGCAGCGACACAGACACGGACAGUGGGUACGGGGGAGAGCUGGAGAAAAGUGACUCCAAAUCCGAACAGCAGUAUUUCAAAAAGGAUACCGAACUCAAGUAUGCUGUCCAGGAGAGAAUAAGCUCUAUUAAGCAAGAGACUGAGGACCCGCCAGCCAAAAGGAGCAGGCUGGAGUCGCCGGAGGACGAGGGCCCUUUUGGCAGCGACAUGAUGGGCUCUUCUAGCAGCUUCCUGGGCCCCCAUGCUCACCAGCCUCCCUUGUGCCUGCCUUUCUAUUUGAUCCCACCAUCCGCAACAGCCUACCUGCCCAUGCUGGAGAAGUGCUGGUACCCGGCGUCCGUACCCGUCUUGUACCCCAGCCUCCCAGCCUCUGCCGCAGCACUUACGGGGUUCAUGAACCCUGAUAAAAUCUCGCCGCCUCUGCUGAUGCACCAGAGACUCCCUUCUCCCAUACCGGCCCAUUCCCCUAUCGACUCCUCGGCUCUGCUUCAAGCUUUGAAGCAGAUUCCUCCUUUGAACUUGGAAACCAAAGACUAA